AGUUGAGCCUGGUGGAGAGUGCAAUUCCCUCUGGUUUAUCACUUUGGUGCGUAGGUGCAGAGAUAGUCGUUUUCCCGUCCGAUCUCCAUUCUCCGCCGUCGCCGCAGCGCGGUGAUGCACAUCGACACCCACUACCUGUUCGACGGAAUGCCUCGCCGGGGCAAGACCGCGAAAGAGUCCACGGGGAGCUUCGAAGACCGGCUCAGCGCCCUCCCGGACGACUUGCUGCAUCACACGCUCGGUUUCCUCGAGGCGAGGGAGGCCGUGCGGACGUGCGUGCUCUCCCGGCGCUGGCGACACCUCUGGAGGCCCAUCCCCCGCCUCCGCAUCACCAACAUCGAUGCGUUCCGGAGCGUCGAGAAGCUGAACGAGUUCGUGUGCAAACUGUUUAUGCUCCGCGAUGCCGGCUCCGUCCUCGACGAGUGCGAGCUCGACCUCCGUGGGUUCUUGCAGCUGGACGACUUAUGGGUCCACCUCUGGAUCCGGCGCGUUUUGGCGUGCCGUGCUCGAGUGCUGCGACUCGAUAUUUACACCAACCUGCCCACCUCUUCGGAAGAGCCGCUCGUCCAACUGGCGAACCUGCCUCUCCUCUCCCACCACCUGGUGCGAUUAGAGCUCCAUGGCGUCUUUCUGAAAGAAGGCUUCCUUGAUUUCUCGAGCUGCCCGGUGUUGGAGGAUCUAAAGAUCGCUGAUUGUGUCCUGCAUACUGUCAAGAUCUUAUCCCAGUCCUCGAAGCAUAUGAGCAUCAUGGGCUGCCAGUUUCUCUGGGAUAUGCGCCCACCUCGUAUUUCUGCUCCAAGUCUUGUUUCACUGCAACUACAUGGUUCUAACAUGAUUCCAGUUCUUGAAAGCAUGCCAUUCUUAGAAACCGCGUCUGUCAAUCUUUGCCAAAAAUAUGAGGAAUUCUGCGAUUUCUGUGAUGGCGGCAGCCUUGAGGCUGAAAAAUGUGAUUGUGGCAUGUCUGAGUUGUACUGGGAUAAUGGUCGUAAACGUGGUUUCUCUGUGUUUCUCGAAGGUUUAUCCAGCGCUACCUGUCUGGAACUGAUAGCUUCCCCUGAAAUGAUUAUAUUCACAAGAGAUCUGCAAUGCUGCCCUCCAUUUAGUAAGCUAAGAUCUUUGUUUCUCAAUGACUGGUGUUUGGUUUUUGACCUCCAAAUACUACUGUUCUUUCUCCAUCACACACCAGUUCUAGAGAAACUCACUCUUCAACUUUGUAAGGAACCCAGAUCCACCAUGAAAAUAGGAGGGAGUUCGAUGGAACAAUCACUUAAACUGAAGCAACUAAAGAUAGUCGUAGUUAAAUGUCAAAUGAUCGAUGACCGGGUUUAUAAUAUUACGAAGAUCUUAAGUUCUUGCAGCAUAUCCCUUGCAAAAAUUAAUAUCCAAAAGCUUUAGGUGUGUUAUAAUUGCCGGGCAAGAGGCGCACCGUUUAUCACUGUGGAUCCGAGUUCUCUCAUUGGUGCUGGCGCACGGAGAGUAGAGUGAAGUGGUGAUGCAGAGAGAAGUUGAUGAGUAGUAUCAAUCUUGCUUAGGCUAUUGCUAGGUCCUGUUGAGAUCUCUUUCAUAUUUAAGGAAUAAACUUCCAGUUUAAGGAACAGUCAUUGUGCUCAGACUAAUUCAUUCCUGCCAUGUUCAUUCUUGCCAUAUUUGCAGAACUAAUAUUAGUGGACUAGUUGUAUGGCUUGGUGUUAAAGUCACCUGCAUUGCAGCAAUUCAGUUGUAAAAUGGAAAACCUUUCAGCUUGA